GUAGAGUAUGCAGUCUCUGAACAAGCUUUCUGACAAUAGGAUAAGCAAACAUUUCUAAGAAUAAUAUAAAAAGGCAAAAUAAUGGAAACUGAUCAGAAGCUGAGAGUAUUGAAGACAAAACCAGGGCUCUUAAAUCCCACCUUCACAACUGAAGCAGAAGCAGGAAAAGGAAGAAACAUUGUUAUGACAAACACAGUCACAGUCAUUCGGGGAACAAACCAGAAAAUGGACAAUAACCCCAAAUUGUUGACACCUAAACUAAAGAAAGCACAAGAUUAUAUAAAGUUGCAAUCACAUGGCUGUAGUCCUGAUAACCUCUUCGUAAAAAGGGAAAGUGAAGAGGAUCAACAGGUGAAAGGCAGACUCUAUACCACAAAAACUGCAUUGUCAACAGACAUCAAAAACAUGGAUAAUUUUCCAUUAAAAAGGCCAUUUAAAUUAGCACCGUUAGAACUCCCUGCUGAAGUUAAAGAAGUGCAAAUGCAAAAAAUCAGGGCCAUGCAAGAUGACAUUUUUUUGGAUAAACAGAAAACGUCUUUCAAUGUCCCCAGAAGAAAACCUAUGUCAAUAGAUAACCCUACAAAAAGAGAUGUCAUAAGGAAAGACACCUUAGCGGAAAAUACAUUGCCCACGCUUAAAAUAAACUUGAAUGCUGCAAAAAGCCCCAUGCCAGAAGAGAACCCAAGUUCCCAACAACCUUUUCAGCUGGACCAAGGAUACACCCAAGCAGCGCUUUCUACUGUCCCUAAACUGAAAGCAAGGAGAAGCAACAAUAACAAUUCAUCAUUACACAAUACCCAGACGAAUCCCCCGCAGACGUCUACAAAAUCACGUUUUAGACACUUAGCAAAACCAAAUGAAAAUGAGAGUCAAAGCAAGCUUGCCAUUAUACAACUAAACAGAGAGCAUUUACAGGAGACAACUGCCAACAAAAAAAAGUGAAAAGACAGAAAAUAUAGAGAACUCAUUUUGACAUUUCAGUUAUGGGUGGAAGGAAAUUGUUGUUGAUUACAGAAAGCAUGUGGUGUUUGAGUAAGAUCCAGAGUAUGUAUGUAUCAUUGACUCUAUAUGGUGCUCACUGGCUGGAGUAUUUGUAACAUUUGACAAUGUGGAGACUACCAGCUGUACAGUUACUGUACCUCUGCCCUUCUUGUCUAUAAUUUCCAUAGGAUCUAAAUUCUGCUUUACACUCAAGUAAUCAACACUGACAAAAAGGCUGGUCUACCUAACACCCACAAACACCACACCCCAUUGCUAAUGCUGUUUCAAAAAAAGAGAAAAUAACAGAUUUAAAUGAUGCUUACAAAAAACUUAAAUGAACACUAUAGGGUCAGGAACACAAAUGUGUAUUCCUGACCCUGUAGUGUUAAAAAAACACAUUAGCCCCAUGGCACUCUUUGCCCCCUUAAAAAGGUAGAAAACUUACCUUUUAUCCAGUCCACAUGUCUGCCCCCGCCCCGCCUCCUUGGCUGAGAUCAUAAAGGAAUGGAGCAUUUUAGUUAUGAAGAAAGGUUAAAAAAUUUAAAUCUCUUUAGUUUGGAAAA